CCACUCGCAUACAUCCCGGUCCCCCCACUUGACGCCAGCAUGGACCAGAUCGUCAUCCCUCCCGAUCUCGAUGCUGCACCCCCGCCCACGCCAGCGCUCACGCCCAACUCCCUGCCCCCAGCAUAUCCCUCCUACGCCGUCCUGCUGCGCUCAGCCUUGCAUCCACAGCUGCUCAUCCUCUACUCGUACUUUGCCCUCAUCGCCUGGCUGCUACGUCGCGUCGUCUUUCGCUCCGUGUUGGCGGAGAGGAUUGGGCGAAAGGCUGGAUGGGAGACGGGAACAUGGUGCGCGUUGGCUGCUCUCAGUCUGGGGAGUACGUGGACGUACAUGCUUCGCUACUUUUCCCACUCCUACAACGUAUGGCUCUCUGGCGCCCACCUCACGGGUCUGGCCAUCCCCUCCCUUCCCGUCUGCCCGCGCACAUCCUCGCUCCUCUCUUCCUGCCACGUCUCCCUCCUCUCCACGCGGUUACAACGCCUCUCCCUCUGGCUCACGCACACCUCCCUCUUUACCGAGUCCUGGCUGCAAGUCACCUCCCACCCGGCGGCGUGGUGGUGGAGCGCUGAGGUGUGCCUAUUCACCGUGGGCGUCUUCACCCUCUUCCUCUCCGCGCAGCGCACCCGCGUAGGCGUGCCGUACGCGUGGGCAUAUAUGUUGCUGGGCCAGACGGUAGCCAUGAGCUUCGCGGCGGCCUUAUUCGGCUUGGCGUUGAGCUUGCGCGAGGUGGGGGAGGGCAGCCUGCUCCAAGUGGCAAGGGCGGGGCGAUUCGCCGGGGAGGAGAGGGUAGGGCGCGUGGUGCGCGUUGAAGUGCAGGAGGAUGAGCAAGGCGCAAUGGUCGAGACGACGACGCGGCAGUACAUCCUGGAAUGUCCCUCUACCCACCCAAGCCUCGCAUCGCGCCUCAUUACCUGGGCAGGGGUAGGCCUCGCAUCCCUCUGCGUCUGGUCGCGCCCGACGACUCUCCCGCAAGUCCUCUGGAUGCACCUCCUCCCGCUCGUCCUCCUCUUACCGCGCGCUGCGCUCACCGAUCGGCUCGAGGCCCUCCUGCACCCACACCCACGCAGCGACGACGCCGAGGGGACGCGCGCCAGUAACGAGCGACUACGCGCGCUGUUACGCCCGUCGAACCUGUUUGGCGCUCUGGCCGCGUACAACUUCGUGGCGCGACUGAGGCAGGCGGGCGACGUGGUGAGCCUCGUAGUGCGGGAGGUCCCCGCAUUGCAGCUGCACAGGUACGGGACGAUGCGCGUUGUAGGGAAGUUAUUGUACCCGACAACGUUCCACUCCCACCCGGCGCAGAGCAGUAUCGGCUCUGACGCCGUCUGUCUGGGCCUAGUCACGCUGGUCUACAUCGGGAUGGACGCGGUGCGCUCCAAUCAUCCGCGAACUAGACUGGUCGCAGCCCUUCUCGCGCUCGCUACCCCGCUCGUUGGGCCGAGUGCGACGCUGAGUGCGUGGUUGGCGGUGAGGGAGCGGGAGGUGGAGGAGGCGGAGUGCAGGGAUGAGGAGAGGUUGAGAAAGGAGGCGGGGCAGGGGGUGGGGUUGGUUGUUGAGGAGGAAGAGCAGCGGGUGGUGCGCGCGAGGGGUAAGACGGAGUAGCGUGGGCGUGGG